UUUCAAUUAAGGCUAAAAGAAGGUCUCUAUUGAACUUUCAGAUUCAGGAUUGAAGUAGCAGGAGAACAAAAAUGGGAGCUGGUGGUAAUAUGUCUGCUCCAACAACUAAAAAUGAACAAAAGAAAGAUCCUCUUCAAAGAGUGCCAAUUUCAAAACCUCCUUUUACAAUUGGUGAUAUCAAGAAGGCCAUCCCUCCUCACUGCUUUCACCGAUCUCUCGUUCACUCAUUCUCCUAUCUUGUUCAUGAUCUCAUACUUGUCUCCAUCUUUUACUACACUGCCACCACUUACUUCCACGUCCUUCCAUCCCCGUACCAUUACUUAGCAUGGCCUAUUUACUGGGUGGUUCAAGGUUGUGUUUGCACUGGAAUAUGGGUCAUUGCCCAUGAAUGUGGCCAUCAGGCCUUUAGUGAUUACCAAUGGAUAAAUGACACAGUCGGUUUUAUUCUCCACUCAGCUCUUUUAACACCAUACUUCUCAUGGAAAUAUAGCCAUCGUCGUCACCACUCCAACACUAAUUCCCUUGAGCAUGAUGAAAACCAUGUGCCUAAGCUUAAAGCCAAACUAAGAUGGUACACCAAAUUAUACGUGAAUAAUCCACUGGGACGAUUAUUCAUACUUGCCUUUACCCUCACUGCUGGCUUGCCUUUGUACUAUGCCAUCAAUAUAGCUGGUAGACCUUAUGAUCGCUUUGCAAGUCAUUAUGAUCCAUAUAGCCCGAUUUAUAAUAAUCGUGAGAGGCUACAAAUCUACCUCUCAGAUGCUGGUGUGAUUUCAACUAUUUAUGUAUUGUAUCGCGUUGCACUAACACAAGGGCUGACUUGGCUUGUAUGCAUCUAUGGGGUGCCCCUCCUAAUUGUGAAUGGCUUCAUAGUGUUAAUCACUUUAUUACACCAUACUCACCCUUCAUUGCCACAUUAUGAUUCAUCCGAGUGGGAUUGGCUAAGAGGAGCUCUAGCUACGGUAGACAGAGACUAUGGCGUGCUAAAUAAGGUCUUCCACAAUAUUGCAGAUACGCACGUUGUGCAUCAUUUAUUUUCGACUAUGCCACAUUAUCAUGCAAUGGAGGCAACCGAAGCUGUCAAGCCAUUACUAGGAGAAUACUACCAAUUUGAUGAAACUCCAUUUUACAAAGCAAUAUGGAGGGAUUUUAAGGAGUGCAUCUAUGUGGAUAAAGAUGAAGGAUCUCAAGACCAGGGUAUUUUCUGGUAUAAAAAUAACUACUAAUGACUACUUACCUAAAAAGGCCAGAAUUGGUACAUGUUCAGCCUGAGUCGCGGUAACUAUUUUGGGAUUGUGUGUUUUCAUAAUAAUUAUUUGCAUUGUUAUAACUUUAAAUUUACAGUAAAUACCUUUUUAAGUAACUAUGAAAAUGUCUUUUCAUGUA